GGCGUUACGUGGAUGAGGCGGGGACAAGAGCUGCGCGUGCGCACUGAGGCAAGGUGACGGUGCUGUUUCUCUUCUUCUGAGGGGAAGCGAAGGAGGACACUUUUCGGCCGCCCGUUCUCGCCUCGUCUAGCCGCGGCCAUGAGCUACGACCGGGCCAUUACCGUCUUCUCCCCUGACGGGCAUCUCUUCCAAGUCGAAUACGCCCAGGAGGCCGUGAAAAAAGGCUCCACCGCGGUUGGAGUACGAGGGAAAAAUAUUGUGGUCCUUGGUGUGGAGAAGAAAUCUGUGGCAAAACUUCAGGAUGAAAGGACUGUCCGAAAGAUCUGUGCCCUCGAUGACAAUGUCUGCAUGGCUUUUGCAGGGCUCACAGCGGAUGCCAGGAUAGUCAUAAACAGAGCUCGGGUGGAGUGUCAAAGCCAUAGACUUACAGUGGAGGAUCCUGUCACUGUGGAAUAUAUUACACGUUACAUUGCUAGCCUGAAGCAGCGGUAUACCCAGAGCAACGGCCGCAGACCUUUUGGUAUUUCUGCCCUGAUUGUGGGAUUUGACUUCGAUGGAACUCCAAGGCUUUAUCAGACUGAUCCCUCUGGUACCUACCAUGCUUGGAAGGCUAAUGCCAUUGGCAGAGGAGCAAAGUCAGUGCGUGAAUUUUUGGAGAAAAACUACACUGAUGAAGCAAUUGAAACAGAUGACCUGACCAUUAAGCUUGUCAUCAAAGCCCUUCUUGAAGUUGUACAGUCUGGUGGGAAAAAUAUUGAGCUAGCUGUUAUGAGAAGAAACCAGCCUCUCAAGAUCUUGAGCCCCGAAGAGAUUGAAAGAUACGUUGCGGAAAUUGAAAAGGAAAAGGAAGAAAAUGAGAAGAAAAAACAGAAGAAAACAUCGUGAUGAAUGAAAUCUAAUUCCCAUGUUGUUGGCUUUUGGUUUUAAAAUCAAUCAUGAGUUAAGUCUGUAUAGCUGCGUAGGCAUUCCAUUUUCUUGUUCUGUGCCCUUUGUAAAAGGCCUACAAUAAACCACCUGGUUUUUUAAAGCUUGUUCCUGUAAUGUGUUCCUUUCUUCAGCUUAACACUGUAGUGAUCACAACGCUUUGCGUUUCUGUAAUAGAUGGAAAUCUGUUUGCAUAAACUGACACCCACUUUGGCAUAAAAAAA